GACUUGGGGGCGGGAAGGCUCCUUCGCGGAGUCCCCAGACCCUCCCAGAUCCUUCCCGGCUCCCGCCCCGCCCGGGCCCUAGGGUCACCUUCGCAGGGCAGACCUGAGUACCGGGUUAGGUCAGUCACGGGCCCUGGAGAUCGACUCCAGGUCCUCCUCCAGGGGACUCGGAGCCUCGAGUCAGACCAGCCUGCGGCACAUCUGACUCCACGGGGCGGGCCCCAGAGUUCCCUAAAAUCGGCUCUUCCUGGUGGGAUUCCAAGGCCGACAGGAAUUAGCGGGCAAGCAAAGGGGGCCCGGGGAGAGGGAUGCGUGUGCACACUCGGGGCCGGGGUCUUUCCCAAAGUCCACGAGGCGUGGGAGGCGGGGCCUACCCAGCGCUGGAGCUGGAACCCUAGGGUACAAAGUGUUCCAGAAUUCGGAGAGGGUCAAGGGGUUCCUGCCCAAAGCUGGCAGUAGGUGUGCGCGGGCCCUGAGGGCCAAGUCUGUGUAUGUGUGUCUGUUACGAGGAGAAAGAUGGUGUCCUGGUCCCGAGCGAGUGGGAGUGGGCGAGGACACUUGUGUAUCACACAGGGUCCCAGCUGAGCAGAGAGGAGGUGUGUCGUGAUUCCAGCCUACAUUUCUGCUCUAGGUCCAUGGGGUGUGUUGUGGGGUGAGGUGUAGUAGACAGAGACUCCUUGAGUGUCCCAGUUGCUUAAGCAGCCUCAGGCUGGGUCUACUCCCUCCAGUCCCCUUCCUCCGGAGGUACCCGCGCCUGUUCCAGCCGUGGCUGGUACACAUUUUCCGAUUUCCUGCAAGCCUCCACCCUGUGGCGGGUGGCUGGGUGACUCAGGACCCCUGUGGCUGGGCCUCCAGCUCCAUGGGAUCUUUGUCUGCUCAGACCUUUGGCUUUGGCCCUCUUGCCUAGGGCCGCCAAAGGAUUUCCUGAGCCUCGCCCUUGCCUUCUGACAGCUCAGCCAGCAGACCUAGCCUGGGACUGAAGUGGGAGGUCCCUGAGGCUGGGGUCACUUCCACUAGGCUCAGGAGAUGGAACACAGAGAGCCUGCGCCAGGCCAGCGGCCUCCAGAGGAUGAGAAAGAGGCGAUUCGUCGUGCCAUCCAGAAAGAGUUGAAAAUCAAGGAGGGCAUGGAGAACCUGCGGCGGGUGGCCACAGACCGCCGCCACCUGGGCCACGUGCAGCAGCUGCUGCGCUCCUCCAACCACCGGCUGGAGCAGCUGCAAGGCGAGCUGAGGGAACUGCACGCCCGCAUCCUGCUGCCUGGCCAGGCUGAACCUGUAGGCUUGGGACCCCGGCCACGGGCAGAGCAGCCAAGGGCCCGGCAUCUGGAGGCUCUGCGGAGGCAGCUGCAGGUGGAGCUGAAGGUGAAGCAGGGGGCUGAGAACAUGACCUACACGUGUGCCAGUGGGACCCCCAAGGAGAAGAAGCUCCUGGAGGCUGCCCAGGAGAUGCUGCGGGACAGCCAGCUGAAGGUGGCCCUGCUGCGGAUGAAGAUCAGCAGCCUGGAGGCCAGUGGGUCCCCUGAGACAGGGCCUGAGCUGCUGGCUGAGGAGCUGCAGCACCGACUGCGCAUUGAGGCUGCUGUGGCCGAGGGCGCCAAGAACGUGGUGAAGCUGCUCGGUAGCCGGAGGACACAGGAUCGCAAGGCGUUGGCUGAGGCCCAGGCCCAACUCCAGGAGUCCUCCCAGAAACUGGACCUCCUGCGGCUGGCGUUGGAGCAGCUGCUGGAAGGACUGCCUCCUGCCCACCCUCUGCGGAGCAGAGUGGCCCGGGAGCUGCAGACUGCUGUGCCUAGGAGCACCCUACCUUCGGGGACACUUGUGAAGCCCAUCGCUCUGACAGGGACCCUACAGGUUCACCUCCAGGGCUGUGAGCAGCUACUGACCGCUGUGCCUGGACGUUCUCCGGUGGCUGCACUGGCUGGCAGCCCUUCUGAGGGCUGGCUUCGUACCAGGGCCAAGCAACAGCGUGGUGGAGGCGAGCUGGGCUGUGAGGUGCUGGCUGUGCUGAAGGUGGACAACCGCAUUGUGGGCCAGACAGGCUGGGGGCGGAUGGGCGAGCAAGCCUGGGAUCAGACCUUCGUCAUCACGCUGGAGCGAGCCCGUGAGCUAGAGAUCGGGGUGCACUGGCGGGACUGGCGGCAGCUGUGUGGCGUGGCCUUCCUGAGGCUUGAGGACUUCCUAGACAAUGCCUGUCACCAACUGUCCCUCAGCCUGGUGCCACAGGGGCGUCUCUUCACCCAGGUGACCUUCUGUGAUCCUGUCAUUGAGAGACGGCCCCGGCUACAGAGGCAGAAGCGCAUUUUCUCUAAACGCAGAGGCCAGGACUUCCUGAGGGCUUCCCAGAUGAACCUCAGCAUGGCGGCCUGGGGACGCUUGGUCAUGAGCCUGCUGCCCCCCUGCAGCUCCCCAAGCACAAUCAGUCCUCCCAAAGGGUGUCCUCAGACCCUGACCACACCCCAGGGGGCAUUCAAACCUGCUUCCCCCAGUAAUUUCUUGCCCAAGAAGAGCCUCUUGGCAGAGGAGAUGAAGCCCCCACCGAAGCCCCCACGCCUCUACCUGUCCCAGGAGCCCACCCCUGAGGAGACCCCGCGCACCAAACGCCCCCACAUGGAGCCCAGGACUGUACUUGGACCAUCGCCACCAGUCUCCCCUAGCAGGAAACCACCCCGACUUCAAGACUUCCGCUGCGUGGCUGUGCUUGGCCGGGGACACUUUGGGAAGGUCCUCCUGGUCCAGUUUAAGGGGACAGGGAAAUACUACGCCAUCAAGGCAUUGAAGAAACAGGAGGUUCUCAGCCGGGACGAGGUAGAGAGCCUGUACUGCGAGAAGCGGAUCCUGGAGACUGUGGGUCGCACGGGGCAUCCCUUCCUGCUCUCCCUUCUCGCCUGCUUCCAGACCCCUAGCCAUGCCUGCUUUGUGACUGAGUUUGUGUCUGGUGGUGACCUCAUGAUGCAGAUCCAUGAGGACGUCUUCCCUGAGCCCCAGGCCUGCUUCUACCUGGCCUGUGUGGUCCUGGGGCUCCAGUUCUUACAUGAGAAGAAGAUCAUUUACAGGGACCUGAAGUUGGAUAAUCUUCUGCUAGAUGCCCAGGGAUUCCUGAAGAUUGCAGAUUUUGGGCUAUGCAAGGAAGGGAUUGGCUUUGGGGACCGGACAAGCACCUUCUGUGGCACCCCAGAGUUCCUGGCCCCAGAGGUGUUGACCCAGGAGGCGUACACGCGGGCUGUGGACUGGUGGGGGCUGGGUGUGCUGCUCUAUGAGAUGCUGGUAGGCGAGGGGCUUGAGCUCAUUCAGAAGCUCCUCCAUAAGUGCCCAGAGAAGCGGCUGGGGGCAGGUGAGCAGGAUGCUGAGGAGAUCAAGGUCCAGCCAUUCUUCAGGACCACUGACUGGGAAGCCCUGCUUGCCCGCACUGUCCGGCCCCCCUUUGUGCCGGUGCUUUGUGGCCCUGCAGACCUGCGAUACUUCGAGGGCGAGUUCACUGGGCUGCCGCCUGCCCUGACCCCACCUGCACCCUGCAGCCCCCUCAGUGCCCGCCAGCAGGCUGCCUUCCAGGACUUUGACUUCGUGUCAGAGCAAUUCCUGGAGCCCUGAGAGAUACUCCUGGCACCUCUGCCCCCUGCCCAGAUGGUUAAACCCCGUGCUCACCCGCUUGUGUGCCCUGCAUGGAGGCCCAGGCCUUGCCUGGCAUUUCUGAGCCCUUGGGACUUGUGGUGGCAGCCAUGAGGUUGCUGUUGGAGGCUUUGCUCAGUGUCACUUGGAGAAGCAUGUCACUGUUUCUUUCUGCCCACCCUUUCCCUGCCUCCCAGCUAGACCCAGACCAGCAAGGAUGCCACAGUGAGGAGUGGUUUGGUUUUUCUUUUUAAUACUUGACUUGUUUUAUGUAUGAUUAAACUUGAAAACUGUG